AUGACAUCAUCCACAAUUGUUUUGGAUGUUGAAGGAAUUCUGUUCAAGACCCAUAUAAACACCAUAACUUCGGCAAAAGGUAGCUAUUUCGAGCGCUUGUUCCAGAAUGGAUGGAGGGAACGUCUCGAUAAGCAUGGCCACCUGUUUAUCGAUCGAGACGCGACGAUAUUCCCAUUAAUUCUGAACUAUCUUCGAGAUGGAAAUAUUCCAUUACCGAAGGAUGAAUACUAUUUGGAGAGGAUUUUAAGAGAAGCAAGGUUCUUCAAACUGAACAAUCUCUGCGCUGAGAUUGAGAAAAGAAUCGAUCAGCUCAAAAACAGAAAACACGUAGGAUUUCUGAGAACGAGAACUAAUGGAAGCAGCAGUGAAAUCAGUCCGACAAGUGUUCGAUCAGAAACUAUCUUCGAUGUUGAGAAGAAGCCGAAAAGAUUAUCUCGUGGUUUACUGGAAAGCACAUAUCCGGAAACGCCAUUGGUUCCAAUGCGUAGGAGAGGUAAGAGCAAAAAACUCGACUCGAUAAGUCUACCCAGGAACUUCACGCAUGUUGCUCACGUUGGUUGGAAUGGGAAUGGUGUUAUUUUUGAUGAGGAUCUCCUCGAUAAACACAGCACAGUACAGGCGAUUAUCGAUGCAGCAAAGAAGACUGAUCUUGGUCCUGUAUACAACGUUGUGAGCGGUGACAAUGGGAACGACAGUAGCCAUGCUGUCGAAGUCGUACUUGCUGGAUCGCUUAUGCAAACAAAAGAUCCACUAUACAGUAAACCACAGAAAAAGGCGAUCAGGCCACCACCGAAACGACUUCCGCACUUUUCCAACAAUGACACAAGUCGAUAA